AUGAAGAAAGGUGCUCCUUUUAAUUGGGAUCAAACAUAUAGCGAUGCCUUUAAAAGUAUCAAAUCGUAUCUAGCGAAACCUUUGGUUUUGGCAGCCCCUAUACCUGGAAAGCCAUUGAUACUCUACAUUGCGGCACAAGAAAGGUCUGUUGGAGCCCUGCUAGCUCAAAAGAAUAGUGAAGGCAAAGAAAACUCUCUUUAUUACUUAAGUAGAACGAUGACACCGAAUGAGCUGAACUAUUUGCCAUUUGAAAAGUUGUGCUUGGCACUUGUCUUCUCAAUUCAAAAGAUGAAGCAUUAUUUUCAAGCGCAUGUUGUCCGCCUCAUUUCUAGAGCAAAUCCCAUCAAGUUUGUUAUGUCAAAACCUGUCCUUAGUGAUCGACUAGCAAGAUGCUGUGAAGGGACAAACAUUAGCGGAUUUCUUGGCAGACCAUCUGAUACCCGAGAUUGGGAAUUAACCGAUGAUCUUCCUGAUAAAGAUGCGAUGUCUAUUGAAAUUCAACCUCCUUGGAAAAUGUUCUUUGAUGGGGCUGCACAUCGUGGCGGAGCUAGCGCUGGCGUAGUGUUCAUCACUUCGCAAGAAGAGAUUCUACCAUUCUCCUUUACUUUGAAGCAAUGUUGCUCUAAUAAUGUCGCUGGAUACCAAGCGUUGAUACUUGGACUUGAGAUGGCCGUCGACAUGAAGCAAUUACACUUACAAGUCUUUGGUGACUCUCAGUUGGUGAUCAACCAACUCUUGGGAAAUUAUGAGGUGAAGAAGCCCGAAUUGCGUCCUUGUCAUGACUAUGCUCAAAAGUUGAUAGGAUGGCUUGGAGAUGUAACCCUUCAACAUGUGCGUAGAACGGAAAAUAAGAAAGCUUAUGCAUUGGCUGUCCUGGCUUCAACACUAACCCUCCCUGAUCAAACACAAGUUACUAUUUGUCAAAAAUGGAUAGUACCACCGCCACAUAAGGAAAAAUAUAUAGAAAAUGAGCUUGAGCAUAUCGUUGCCGUUUCUGAAGCCGUAAAUGAAGAUUGGAGACAACCCAUUAUUGACUACAUGUGUUAUUGGAUACUUCCAGAAAAUCCAAGGAGAAGGACUGACAUUCAUCGUCGUGCACCUCGCUUCCUUUACUACAAGGACACAUUAUAUAGAAGAUCAUUUGAGGGUGUACUAUUACGAUGUUUGGGAGAGGAAGAAGCAAUUCAAGCUCUGCAAGAAGCACACUUAGGAGUAUGUGGAUCACAUCAAUUUGGACCGAAACUCCACUUUCACAUAAAGAGAUGGGGCAUUAUUGGCUAA